AAAAAAUUUACUUUAUUCAAUACCCAAUUAAGUUUGGUGCCAAAUGUUAGCAUAACUUUUGCAAUUUCAUUAUUUCCUUUGUGGGUACCCUGAAAAACAGAAAGGAAAAACUUUCCCAUUGAUUCUUGGUUUUUGAUUCUUAUAGUAACUUGGUUCAAGAUACUAUAUGAACCUAUAAACUGCUUGUAUGUGGCAUAAGAUAAUUGGGUGUUCUUUUAUCGUUAAAAAAAGAGAGGAAAGAUUGCUCUUUUAUUUCUCUGUGUUUUGAAAUCUUGAAUUUUUCCAUGUUCUUUUGGAAUUGUUGGGGGAACAGAGACAAUGGGGAAUCUGUUUUGCUGUGUACAAGUUGACCAAUCCACAGUAGCUAUCAAGGAAAGAUUUGGCAAGUUUAAUGAUGUGCUUGAGCCUGGAUGUCAUUUCUUGCCAUGGUGUAUAGGGAGUCAGAUUGCUGGUUACCUAACUUUAAGGCUGCAGCAGCUUGAUGUACGCUGCGAGACCAAGUCCAAGGAUAAUGUAUUUGUAACUGUCGUUGCUUCAAUUCAAUAUCGUGCUCUGGCUGAUAAAGCUACUGAUGCUUUUUACAAGCUCAGUAAUACUCGAUCCCAGAUCCAAGCCUAUGUGUUUGACGUUAUCAGAGCGAGUGUUCCAAAGCUAAAUCUGGAUGAUGUCUUUGAGCAGAAGAAUCAAAUUGCUAAAGCAGUGGAGGAUGAACUUGAAAAGGCAAUGUCUGCUUACGGGUAUGAGAUUGUUCAGACACUCAUAGUUGAUAUAGAGCCAGAUGAACACGUUAAGAGAGCUAUGAACGAAAUUAAUGCAGCUGCAAGGUUGAGAGUAGCCACCAAUGAGAAAGCAGAAGCUGAAAAAAUUGUCCAGAUUAAGCGAGCUGAAGGUGAUGCUGAGGCUAAGUACCUGGCAGGACUAGGGGUUGCUAGACAACGCCAGGCCAUUGUUGAUGGUUUAAGGGACAGUGUUCUUGGUUUCUCGGUAAAUGUCCCAGGAACUACUGCCAAGGACGUCUUGGACAUGGUCCUCAUCACUCAGUAUUUUGACACCAUGAAGGAAAUUGGUGCCAGCUCCAAAUCCUCAGCAGUCUUUAUCCCACAUGGACCUGGUGCUGUUAGUGACAUUGCAGGGCAGAUUCGACAAGGAUUACUCCAGGGUUCAGCUGUCGAGCAAAAAAAUCUUUUAUAAAUGUGUUUCAGUGUCUCGUGUGGUUCUGUUUUUAAGUAAUGUUUCUUGAUUUGAUUGUGAUGGCCACUAUUGUUCUCUACAUAUGUGUGUUGCUAAUGUAAUUACAUGUAGUUAUUUAAGUCAAAUGUUAGUUGUCUUAUAGUCAGGUUCAAUGUAUUGUUUCACUGACAUAAUAAUACAUACCAGAGAACUUACUUUCAGUUUUGUGAGAA